CAGUAGCUUCCCGAUGCUGUCCUGAUUGAUGAGAGUCCUCGGGCGAAAAGCGCGUCCUCUCAGACCCUCUCAGACUUUCUCGCAGCCUUCCUCCACAAAUCUUCACUAGGAACAGCCUCCCGUCAUGGCCAGUUCCCCCCUGUCUCUAACUCCACACGAUAUCAAGCGUUUGGAGGAAGACCCGGUCUUGCUUCGCUACCGCACCGGCGGUGGUCUGGCACGUCUCUUAACCCCAGAAAAAGUUCAUCAACUGCGGGUUAUCGACCUCACAGCUAUCAUUAAGUUCUUUCGCGAUGAGAAGCAUCAGCAAAUCGAUAUGCUAGGGAAAAAAAGUCAACUUGUCGCAACCGUCAAAAGGGCAUUAUGGCCAUGGAACAACCUCUCGCUUUCCCAGGCUCCACCUCCUCCACCUCCUCGUCCGACCCAACCGAUGGGAGCCAGAGGGCGAGCCCCCAUACCCGCAGAGCUGGAGAACCUAUGGACGAAACUCCCUUCCGCACAUCAUUUGAACUACGAGCUCAUCAACCCCUGCGCUUCGCAAUGGGUGUCGUUUCCAAAGGGACCGUCAGGACGAGCGCUGAGGACUACUCUCUCGCGAGACGUCAUGUCGCCGACCUCGAUAGCAGAAGACGCUAUACGCUUUCACUUGUAUCUGUACGAUCACAGCCGUUUCCAAUUCCUCACUGGACGGCAUUGGAAGGAAGGGUACUCCGCAUCUAUCCUUGGUGCUCCAGUUACGGUGGAAAGGUACAAUCAGCUGCAACCGUUCCUGGACGUAACCCAUAUCAAAGAUCCGAUAUUCACACAGCAAACGCAGACGGGCGUGGUCCACGUUACCACCACAUUUCCCCACUAUUUCCAGUCAGGCCUCUUGGCGGUCGUAUGCUUUCGACGGCUGCCAAUGGAGCAGACAUUAUGUAAAGUGUUCGCACAAACAUUACGGCAUCACAACAUCAAGGAUCUCCCAGAACUCGCCACAACAUCGCACGGACACGAGGCAGCAGGUUAUUCGACAUUCAAGAAGCUGGCUCUCACGUCUCUAGAAAGGGCAAAACAGCUUUUUCAGGAGCACGUAGCUAGCAAACCUGAAUACGUGGGCUUCAAAGGCCCGGCGGCCCAGGACGACGAUAUUGAGAUGGGCAACCAGGUUCUAUCGUUUCAGGAUCCGCUAACGCUUGCGCGUAUAAAUCUUCCGUGCAAGGGUCGGACGUGUAAUCAUGCGCAAUGCUUCGAUUGCGAGGCUUUCAUCUCGAUGAACCAAGGCGCGAUCAAGUGGAAAUGCCCAAUAUGUUCGAAACCAGUGGAAGGAAAGGACCUCCUCAUCGACCCCACAUUCACAAACACCCUCACAAACUACCCCGACGCCGACCGCUGCAUCAUCCUCCCCAACGGCCUAACCGCGCCCUUUGAAACUUCACCAGCGCCCCGCACCGUUACCGCGAUCAUACAAUCACCAUCACAAUCGGCGAUACCCAACCCAGCCUCGACGAAACACCUUCUGGCGGAAGUCAUCGAUGUAGAUGAUGUGGAGGUAGACCUCCCACCGGCCAAACAAGCAAGGAUUGGCUCUCCGAAAACGAAAAAGAAUAAGAGUGCGGCGGCGGUUGCGGCACAGGUGCGGCAGCCGAUAUUGCCGGCUUGGAGUGGGAGCUUUAUUGCUAUCGAUUGAUUGAGCGACCGGCUGGAUUCCGUCGUUCGGCGAUAGUGCUCCGCAAUUUUUUUUUGGCGAAUAUAUCUUAACAGAACAACAGUAUUGGCGUAUACCCCUUAUUCUCAAUCCCGUGCUUGUACUGUAUGUUGUGCUUCUUGUGUUUACAAGCUCUCGUCGUCUUCGUUCGCGCCUUUGAAAUAGAUACUCAUCAUUGCCUGUCCAGAAGUGUGAACUGGCAGGUCGCAAAAGUGCAAGGCUCAGUGCGCACAUACGUUCGCGCAGUCGCGUCGCGAGGCAGGAAACAAGUCCGCCGGCGCUUUUUCCACAGCUCCUUUUUCUUGCCCGUUCCCUGCCAUCAAAACAACAAACCAUAACCAGCAAUCCUGAGAAUAUUGG